CUUCUCGGCUCUCUCUCCAUCUCUCUCCUCUCUUUCUCUCUCGCUCCCUUCCUCCCUGUAACUGAACAGUGAAAAUUCACUGGAUCCGCUAACAGGCACAGAUGUCAUGUGAAAACGCACAUGCUCUGCCAUCCACACCGCCUUUCUUCCUUUUCUGUUUCCUUCCCCCCCCCCCGCUCCUUCUCCUUCUUCUUUGUAACUAACAAAACCACCACCAACUCCUGCUGCUGCUGUCCUUCUUCCUCCUCCUCAGUCCAAGUGAUCACAAAAGAAAUCUUCUGAGCCAGAGGCGGUGGCAUUUUUAAAAAGCAAGCACAUUAGAGAGAAAGAAAAAAGAAAAACAAAAGCAAAACAAAACCCAGGCACCAGCCAGACAGCACAUUUUUUUUCACCCUUCCUGAAAACAAACAACCAAACAACCAUCAAAACAGUCAUCACCACCAUCAUCAAAACUGUUAACAUAGCGGCGGCGGCGGCGGCUAACGUCACCCUCCGGCCACGGCGUCCGCCUAAAGGGAUGGUUUUCUCGGCGGAGCAGCUCUUUGCCGACCACCUUCUUCACUCGUGCUGAGCAGGAUUUUUGGGCUCUCCGGGGUUCGGGCUGGGAGCAGCUUCAUGACUACGCGGAGCGGGAGAGCGGCCACACCAUGCGAGCACAAAUUGAAGUGAUACCAUGCAAAAUUUGUGGCGAUAAGUCCUCCGGGAUCCACUACGGGGUGAUCACGUGUGAAGGCUGCAAGGGAUUCUUCAGGAGGAGCCAGCAAAACAAUGCCUCUUAUUCCUGCCCAAGGCAGAGAAACUGUUUAAUUGACAGAACCAACAGAAACCGUUGCCAACACUGCCGACUGCAGAAGUGUCUUGCCCUAGGAAUGUCGAGGGAUGCUGUGAAGUUCGGGAGGAUGUCCAAGAAGCAGAGGGACAGCCUGUAUGCCGAGGUGCAGAAGCACCAGCAGCGGCUGCAGGAACAGCGGCAGCAGCAGAGCGGGGAGGCGGAAGCGCUCGCCAGGGUGUACGGCGGCAGCAUCAGCAACGGCCUCGGCAGCCUCAACAGCGAGGCCGGGGGCACGUACGCCAACGGACACGUCAUCGACCUGCCCAAGUCCGAGGGCUAUUACAACGUGGAUUCCGGCCAGCCGUCCCCUGAUCAGUCAGGACUUGACAUGACUGGAAUCAAACAGAUAAAGCAAGAACCUAUCUAUGACCUCACGUCCGUACCCAACUUGUUUACCUAUAGCUCUUUCAACAACGGGCAGCUAGCGCCAGGGAUAACGAUGACAGAAAUCGAUCGAAUUGCACAGAACAUCAUUAAGUCCCAUCUGGAGACCUGUCAGUACACCAUGGAGGAACUACACCAGCUGGCGUGGCAGACCCACACCUAUGAAGAAAUUAAAGUGUAUCAAAGCAAGUCCAGGGAAGCGCUGUGGCAGCAAUGUGCCAUCCAGGUCACGCAUGCCAUCCAGUACGUGGUGGAGUUUGCAAAGCGGAUCACCGGCUUCAUGGAGCUCUGUCAAAAUGAUCAGAUUCUACUGCUCAAGUCAGGUUGCUUGGAAGUGGUUUUAGUGAGAAUGUGCCGUGCCUUCAACCCAUUAAACAACACUGUUCUGUUUGAAGGAAAAUAUGGAGGAAUGCAGAUGUUCAAGGCCUUAGGUUCCGAUGACCUAGUGAAUGAAGCAUUUGACUUUGCAAAGAAUUUGUGUUCCUUGCAGCUGACUGAGGAGGAAAUUGCUUUGUUCUCAUCUGCUGUUCUGAUAUCUCCAGACCGAGCCUGGCUGAUAGAACCAAGGAAGGUCCAGAAGCUUCGGAGAAUUUAUUUUGCACUGCAACAUGUGAUUCAGAAGAAUCACCUGGACGAUGAGACCUUGGCAAAGUUAAUAGCCAAGAUCCCCACCAUCACGGCGGUCUGCAACUUGCACGGGGAGAAGCUGCAGGUAUUCAAACAGUCACAUCCAGACAUAGUGAAUACCCUCUUUCCUCCAUUGUACAAGGAGCUCUUUAAUCCUGACUGUGCCACUGUCUGCAAAUGAAGGCGACCAAGGACUGUCUCCUAGUCACGGAAUGCGUCACCAUUAAGACAAAAGCAAUGUGUUCAUGAAGACUUCAGAAAAACGUCUACUGCAACAUUAGGAAUGUCCUGCACUUAAUAGAAUUAUUUUUCACCGCUACAGUUUGAAGAAUGUAAAUAUGCACCUGAGUGGGGCUCUUUUAUUUGUUUGUUUUUGAAAUGACCAUAAAUAUACAAAUAGAGGACACUGGGUGUUAUCUUUUUUUUUUAAUUUUAUUUUAUUCGGGUAUGUUUUGGGAGACAACUGUUUAUAGAAUUUUAUUGUAGAUAUAUACGAGAACAGAGCGGUACUUUACAUGAUUACUUUUCCUGUUAAUUGUUCAAAUAUAAUUUAAGAAAAUUCCACUUAAUAGGCUUACCUAUUUCUAUGUUUUUAGAUAGUUGAUGCAUGUGUAAAUUUGUAGCUGUCUUGGAAAGCACUGUGCAUGUAUGUAAUAAGUAUAUAAUAUCUGAGAAUAUUAUAUAUGACUAUUACUUACACCUGCACAUGCACUGUGGCUUCAAAUACCACACCCACUAACGAAGGAGGUUCAGUCAGGCUCUCUUAUAUUAUUUCCCUUCUGUGUUGUAUGUUAUCUUUAUGUUAGACAAUCAGGAUUUUGUUUUCCCAGCCAGACUUUUCCACUACCGUCCACGGCAGGACGGUACCAAUGCAGAGAUAAGUCUACCAAGGAGUAAAUAUAAUGUACAGCUUCUGUAUAAGAACUCUGUGUCUCUAUUAGUGACGUCAAAGCCUUGUCAGGAUGGCGAAUAUUGGGGUGGGGGGAGAAGUAUUUGGAGCCAUUUUCCUGUUUCAAGAAUUAGGCCACAGAUAAUAUUGUGGAGUCCAGGACUUUUUAACCAAACAAUCACUGUUUCCUAUUUUUCACCAGGACCCUCAAAACACUUUUUUUUUUUUCCCUUUGGAUUUUAGGCUGGGAAAAAAAACUGAUUUUGGUGCUCGUUGUAUCUUCAGCAGAGAAGUGCAGUGUGUAGGUUUGACCACCAGCAAUUUUUUUCUAAUAGAAUUAGAGUCACAGUGGAGAUCAGAACCUAGAGUCUGGACGCUAUCUCAUGUAAACAUGGUCUCUCUAACUUGUUUUGGUUUGGUUUGGGUUUUUUGCGGGGGCUUUCUGGGUUUGUGUGUGUGUUGUUGUUUGUUUUUGGCAAAGAAGAGGUAGAAAGAGCACCUACAAAGUAAAGAAGUAGUUCUUUAUAUGCAUUCUCCUUGCUAAGUUUCUUAGAAAAAGCAGCAAUAAAGGGGGAAGCAGGAUUUUAUAUGUCCUUCUGGUGUGGGGCCUCUAAUUUCUCUCAACUCCAAAAUGCUGUAGUAUAAGCACAGAGCAAGAACACAACAGGUAACGAAAACACAUCCGAGUUAUUCUGUAGAACUAAUACACCCCAAAGCCAAAACUAUUUCCUAUGCAGUUUGAAAUUGCAUCAUCCAUCUAGCCUGGGCGCUUUUUUUUUUUUUUUUUUUUUUAGCAUCUUGUGCAAAGUACAGAAUGCAAGAGGUGAGAUGAGGCUUAGUGAAUUCAGACUUCCUAGGACAAGUCUCCCCUCUCCACCUGCUGUCCAAGCCAGCUGAGUAGCAAGAAAGCGUAAACCCCUAAGCAGGUUGUUCGGCCUGGGCUCUGGAGGCCCAAUGCCUUUGGUCUUAGCUGACCCAAAACAUGAGCUCUUAGAAAGGAGGCUAGAGCCGAGCUUUGUGUAAAGGACAAUGACGUGCACCGUCUCCUGUAAGCGUAGCCCCGCCACCACCUCACGAGGCCCCGCCCCUUCCUCGUCAAGCACGCACGCACGCACACACAGACGCACACCUGCUUUGUAAAGUUUCCAUCAGUGGAAACUUUGAUUUCCUUUUCAUCUCUGACGCUCUCCUGAAGUUACAUGGUCUUGAGAGCCAUCUCCGCGGUGCCACAGAAGCCCUCCUUGAUGAUCAGACGGUAGUGCUAGUCUUUUCUUCUAGCAAACAGAGCCUUUUCCCACCUCAUGAUUGAUGAAUUCCAAACCAAUGGGGAAAAACAAAAAGGCUUUAAAAUAAUGACUCUCUUUCUCAACUACUGUUAUAUUCAAUUAAUUUAACUACAUUGAACCAAAUUACCUUCAGUGUCUAAGAAAACAGCUGCAGACUGCGUAUUAUGCUGCUGCAGGGACUUGGUUCUUUCUGGUGUAAAUGUCACUCCUGCUAGCUCUUUGUAUAAAGAAUUAAUUCCAAGAGUCAUAUUUCCUUCUAAUGGAAAGAUUACUUUACUGAUUGCUAGGAAAACAGGGUAAUGGAAGGCGCUCAAUUAAACCAAGCCGUUUCCAAAUGCAAUGUAUGUUUUAUGAUUGGCUUGUGAUAGGCAAUGCUUAAUGUGUCUACUUGGUGUCUCCCUUUGAGCUUUGAACUUAUGUCAAACUUUGUUUUCAUUGUUCUGUUGGCCUAGUGUUUUCCGUUGUCGGCCUGUAAUUCCUGCUCCGUUGCAAAGGGAAUCCUUUGUUUCCUCCAAUCUACCUUAGAGGACUUGCAUUGGCUCAAUUGAUGAAGUGGCUGAGAAUUUUUUCCUCCCUUGUCCCAUGGGUGAUGUAGGAAAAGGAUUGUUCCCCACAUUUGCCUCGGGAGGUACUGGAUUUGAAUUUGUUUGUCAUUUCCACUCCUGCAAGCAUUUCACUGGGACGGCAGGAACCUUUUGAAGCGAGGGGACAGGAAACAGCUAGCGAUUGAACCAGAACAAAACAGUGGAAACCAGUAGGUGCUUCAGUUGAGAAGAGAGAUUUCCAUUUUGUGCCCCACUUGCCAAAUCCAUCCCUGAAAAGAGAACCAGGUCAUAUUUUCAGUGGUAACAAACGCCUUUAAAAGCUGCCUUUUGAACAUCUCCUAUGAGUCCAUCUCGAGGUAUUUUGAAAUUUGGUUGAGAACAACUUUCUUUGCACACGCAAUCUUUGUCCCUUCCCUGCAAAGACUCACAAGGGUUCCCAACACCCUCACGGUACAAUGCGCGCCGGACGAGCGAACCCACGAUCUGUACCCUUCACUUCACGCUUCGUAAAUGACAAUCACUGCUUGACGCAGACGUUGCACUGUAGCCACUCAGGGAUGUUUCAUUUAAAAAAAAAAAAAGUACAUCAAGGAGGAGGGAGGCUAAAACAGGAAAAUGACAACAAAAUGUAAACGGCAUAAAUUAAAUAUGCCAAUGAGAGAACCUCUCUGACAAGGCUUUCAGAAUAAGCAGUAACUUCGUGUUGGUAACUGUGUGGACUUGCUGGAAAGUUGCACACGAAUACGGACAACUUGGUCUCAUUUUCUAAAAUCUGCUAAGAGCCAAAUAAUCCAGCUGCCCUAUUAAUAGGAACAUGUGUCUCCCGAGCAAACCCAAGCUUCCUAUACAAGUCCUGAGCAGGGAAAAUACAGAAAUCUAAGUGGCGUUAGCUGACUCUGACAAGGGGUAGAGCUGUGUGAAUUCAAACUUCAGUGCGUCUGUGAUCUGUAAAAGGCUAGGCAAAUGUUGGAGGGAAUAUAGGAGAAGAACGGAUUCCAAAUCUGGCUUAAUAUGCCACACAUGUUCCUACUGUCCACGACUUGGGUCAUCUUUGUAUCCCUUAUUCUGUGGCUUUUUUUGUUUGUUUGUUUGUUUGUUUUGUUUUCCCCCAGAGAAUGAAAGCUGAGGGUAGAGAUGUACUCUACAAACAUACCCUUUCUGGAUUUUCCUCGUUUGAAUACUGUCUACAGGGCUCUGGAAUAAAGGACCACUGUGUAGGUAUAAACAGAGAAUAGAGUGGUCUCUUGGGUAAUGUGACUUCUUGGGCAGAAUCUGUGACACCUUAAAUCACAGUGAACUCUGGACAUUAUUAGCAAGAGAUGCCAAGGAGACAUGAGUACACUUCCUAUUAUAGCUGCCUUGUCCAACACCUAACUUCAGAGCAGUCAAGCUAAAUUGUUUGUAGAAAACCACACACAUGGCCAGUCAACUCACGCUCACUCUCUACCAUCCCCUGUGUACCAGGCUUGAAUGCAAAAGCGAUUCUUCUGUCCCAAGGACAACCUAAAACUUAACCAGCUUUUUCGGAAACAUCGGUCAGAUGCAAAUGAUGUCAGUUUUGUUGCAUGUGCUUUGUUUCCAUGUAUUAUAGAAGCAAGGGAAAAUUCUGCUAUUGGAAAUUAGAAGAAAUAACUUUUUCCUGACUCUCUUUUUCUCUGUAAACAUUCGCUUCCAAUGAAAUUUACUACAGUUGGCAGUAAAUUCAGGAGAGGAUGCCUGUGCCCGGACAGAGUCACCAUUCAAUGGAACAGCAAUAUCUUGAAAGUAUGCAUCUGAGUGAACCUUUGCACAGAGUCCCCCCUGUAUCAAGAAGACGAAAGUCCACCGUCUGCUUUAGAUGAAGUGGUAUUUAAUUUUUUGUUUCCAACUGCCAAUAAAAACAACAGCCUGGUAGGGGAAACCAUGUGGGUCAUUAGACGGGAGUUGACAGACCUAUUUUUUUGGAGGGGCGCAGGGACAGGUGUUAGGACCCAGAGGUACAUGUUCAUUUAAAGCCAGGGUUAAAAAUUCAAAAGCCUAAAAGGGCCAGGGAGUUAAUGCAAAUGAGCGAGUGCAGCCCAGCGGCCAGCUGGCAAGGAAAUGCCCCAUCAGAAAAGGGACAGCCGAUGGUCAGCUAAAGCGCGAGUGUUGCUAACACUUCUGAAUCUUAUAAAAUCCCUCUAGUUGUAAGUGAUGUCAGUUGAUUCAGAGCUGAGGGCAGACCAAACAAAUACAUCCCCAAGCAGAAGAGGGUCCAAAGUUUGCAGCCUCUGGUUUAAAGCAAAAUUGAAUCUAGGGGCCUGUUUCCUGGAGGAAGUCUGCCCAGACAGGACUCCGAGUGAAUUCGAGUGGGGUGGGGGUGGGCUCAGAGCUCCUGCCCACUGAUAUUCAGUUUGGUUUCCACAUCUGACUGUCACUCCCGGAGGAUAUAGUAAGAGUUCAUUUUGGCAAAACGAAAGCAGUCAAAAAUGCAAGCGAUUCAAUUUAAUGAUGGCUUAUAAGAGACGUUUCUGUUUGUCUUGUCCAAACUCCUAGCUUCCUAGAGCCAGGUGGCUAGAUUUCUUGCCACUCCUUUUCCGAAUAUCAAACGCAUGAUUUUUAUGCUUUUGAGUCUCCGUGUGUCUCUUUCGAUAUGUGGCUUCGAUAUCAGUGCCACGUUUUUACUUUCCCUUAGUUGUAUCUGCAGAAUGUAUUCUGUCGUGGUCAUGUACUGAAGUGCGGGACCUGGGAUUCCUCCAGUGGAUGGAGGUUGUCCGUUUGUGCACUUUUUGCCUAAGCUGCUGCAAAUCCUCCGAAGUGAGUUGGCCAUAGUCAUCUUUGCGUCCUGCAUGACUGUAAGCACGACCUCCAGUGGGUCAGAAAAAGCAGCUCAGUGAUUGUUCUCAUGGCCAAAACUAAAGCACAACGUGACUGGCAUUGAGUAGACCCAGUUGAGGGAGGCGUCCACACCCCAGCUGGGCAGCAUGAUGCUUCUCUAAAACCCUCCUGUGGCAGUGGCCAGGGGAGAGCACCCACGUGCCUCCGUCGUGACCACACGCGGACACACACUAGGUGUGUCUGGAAAGCUACAGACCACACAUCCAAGCACAAUACUGUCUGCUUCAUCUAGGAACACACACACACACACAAGUGCAAGCUACACCCACAGAAAACUGCGUAUGUAUUGUAGAAAUGUAGAGGAAAAAUAAAAAUAUUUUUUCAAAUGUAAUUACUUUUAAUAUAUGCUUGUGGAAGGUCUAAUACAAUGUAUGCUGUCUCUGUAAUUUUUGCUGUAAAUAACUGGAGACAGUGAAUACACAGAUUUUUCUAUGUCUCUGUUUAAGCUUAAGACUUUGUAACAAUUUUUUUAGAGGGGGAAAACCAACAAAGAGCAAAUAUGUACUUGCUUCCUUUCUGCGUGUUAUGCGUGUUAUGUACUUCUCAGAAACUGGUUGUUAACAGUUUAAGCAUCUGGACGGGUCAUUGGUGUUAAGUGUAUGCUUCUUUCUGUAAUACAGCUGAGAAAGGGACAGGGCUGUCCAUUAAAUCUGCUCCAAAGAAUUUGUAUUGAAGAUUGGCCCAAGACCUGCAAACACUAUCCGAACUAGACAAUGUGAGGAAAGAAAGUGGAAAAAAAAAAAAAAAGUUGCCUGAGUAAGUCAUCUUUCCUUGUAGCAAGUGGCUUUGUCCAAAUCCUUUCUGCAUGGACUAGCUUAAGGAACACAAACUCUGCUUUCUGAUGAACAAAGUAUUUUUGUACACAUUGAUUUCUUAUGAAUAACCUGAGGUCAGAUCACUCAUUUGCUGAAGCCAUAACUGACCUUUACCAAAUAAAUGUUGCAAAAGAACCUGGGGAGGGUUGGGGAGACACCGAGAGGGAGGAAGAUCGAAGGUGUCAUGAGUUGUGACCACACAGGCAGGAGCAAGUCUAAUGAACCGGAUGCUUUUCCUGCAUCCCAAAUAUGACUUUAAAAGGCUAGUAUUUUACAAUGAUCGAUUUAUAAUAAAAAAAAAAGAUAUUUAGAUUUAAACGAGACUUUCCAAUAUUUUUUAAAUCCCCGACAAUGCUUCCCUGCUUUUAGGAUUGAGAGAAAUGAUUUUCAUCUACUUCCAACAUUCAGAGAUUUAACUUUUUUGUUAGCUCCAGCCUACACGUGUAAAGUGAAGGACGACUCCAGGUCCUCCAGCGGUUGGAACCACGGGUUGCCGGGGGGCUCGGCUGCGCCUACCAACCAGGAUUGUACCUGGACGGGCAGCCGUGCAGUCCUGCGUCUUACUGGCAUGCGCAAUGCACAAAUGCUGCACUGCCAAACACAUGUAAAAUAAAAGUAUUCACUCUAAGACGCAUAAUAAUUAUACCUUUUUAAAAGAAUGAUGCCUCCUAUAGUCACCAUUGAUUUUUCUGGAGCUUAAGCACAUUAUUACCAUGUGUUAUUAUUGGCCUGUAGAGGCAAAAGGCAAAGUACCAAUAAACCCCGUGACAUCUAGUUUUAAAAUCUACAAUUUUCUGAUCUCUCUCCUUGUUUAAUAUAUAAGCCCUAAUUUCUGUGUACGUGAGUAAAACUGCAGCCUGAGUCAUUUAGGAAGUAAGCAUUGAGUUGUUUUUUUUUAUUAUUAUUAUUAUAAAUAUACUAGAAUAAAACAGCACUUCCCUAACAAUUAAAAAAAGAGUUUUAUAUUACUUUAGAAUGUAAUAGGUUUUUGUCCUUAUUUUAUGUCCUGUAAAUUAUUAGUUGAAUACUGUUAGCAUUCCCAGAUAAUGCACACAUGAUUUCUGAAUGUUUUCUGUAAAUGACAAUCAAUGUUUAUGAAGUUCCCUCCUUUAAUGCUGAACAAAAUUAAA